CCCCAUGGCAUCCCCUAGAACCGUAACCGUCGUGGCACUCUCAGUGGCCCUGGGACUCUUCUUUGUUUUCAUGGGGACUAUCAAGUUGACCCCCAGGCUCAGCAAGGAUGCCUACAGUGAGAUGAACACGUGCAGUAAUGUCACUUCAACGGAAAGUUAAGAACUCUCAGGCACGAAAGAGGACUUCACAAGGUAGUAAUAGCUAUCAGACUACACUCUCAGCCUGGAAAGUAACAGAGGACCUAAGUGACUCAAAGAGCAUCUCGAAACAUGGACAAAACAAUCCAGUGGAAGAUUAUGAACGUGCUGAUGAUCAAGCAGAAGGCGCUCUGCAAAUAGCACUGACAUACUUUGAGAAAGGUUCCAUUAAAACUUCACAGAGUAAAGAUAAAACCUUGGAGAAACACUUGAAAACUGUGGAAAAUGUGGCAUGGAAGAAUGGCUUAGCUCCAGAAGGAAUCGAUAUUCUAUUAAAUGUGGCACUCAGUGGCAAAUUUGGGAGUGCUGUAAACACUCGGAUAUUCAAGUGUAUGAUUCCAGCAACUCUAAUAUCAGAAGAUUCUGUGGUUACGGCGGUCUCUUGGCUUUGUGUUGGCAAGUGUUCUGGUAGCACCAAGGUACUUUUUUAUCGUUGGCUGGUUGCAAUGUUUGACUUCAUUGAUCACAAGGAGCAAAUUAACUUACUCUAUGGCUUCUUUUUUGCUUCAUUGCAAGAUGAUGCACUGUGCCCUUAUGUCUGCCAUUUGUUGUAUUUACUUACCAAAAAAGAGAAUGUCAAACCAUUUCGUGUGAGAAAACUGCUUGAUCUUCAGGCCAAAAUGGGAAUGCAGCCUCAUCUCCAGGCUUUGUUGUCACUAUAUAAAUUCUUUGUUCCUACUUUGAUUUCUGUAUCUUUGCCUAUGAGGAAGAAGAUCUAUUUUAAGAAUUCAGAGAAUCUGUGGAAGACAGCUCUACUUGCUGUGAGGCAAAGGAAUCAGGGACUUCCACCAGAACCUCUAAAGUUGAUGUUAGCUAAUGUCCAUCCUAUAAAAAGAAAAUGGAAUUCUCACUCAGUUAUACCAGUGCUAAAUUCCCGUAACUACAGUAAAGAAAGUGGGAAAAAGGGGAUGAAUCUUUCUGAUUAUUUCAGUAGCAAUGGAUCAUUUCCACUGGAACAGCUUAAAAGCUUCCCUCAACUCUUACAGAACAUCCAUUGCUUAGAGCUGCCUUCUCAGAUGGGCGCAGUGCUGAACAACUCUCUGCUACUACACUAUAUUAACUGUGUCAGAGAUGAGUCAGUCUUACUGAGGCUCUAUCACUGGUUGAGUCAAACAUUACAAGAAGAAUGUAUUUGGUACAAGGUGAAUAAUUAUGAACAUGGAAAAGAAUUUACCAACUUCCUGGACACUAUCCUCAAGGCAGAAUGCUUCUUACAAGAGGGGUUUUAUUCCUGUGAAGCAUUCCUGUAUAAGAGCCUUCCUCUCUGGGAUGGCCUCUGUUGUCGAUCACAGUUCCUUCAACUUGUGAGCUGGAUUCCUUUUAGUAGCUUCUCUGAGGUGAAACCACUUCUUUUUGACCAUCUGUCACGGCUCUUCUUUACAUCAACUAUUUAUUUCAAGUGUAGUGUUCUUCAGUGUCUGAAAGAGCUACUGCAGAAUUGGCUGUUGUGGCUUUCUAUGGACAUCCACGUGAAAUCUGUGAACAGUCCUCUAGAGACAACUUUAGGUGGAUCCAUGAACUCUGUGUCUAAACUGAUUCACUAUGUAGGGUGGCUGUCCACUACUGCAAUGCGCUUGGAAAACAACAGUACCUUCUUGCUGCACUUUAUUUUGGAUUUCUAUGAGAAGGUGUGUGACAUAUAUAUAAAUUAUAACCUUCCAUUGGUGGUGUUGUUUCCUCCUGGGGUCUUCUAUCCUGCACUCCUCAGCCUGGAUUCCAGUAUCCUGAACCAGCUCUGUUACAUUAUGGACAGGUAUCGUAAAAAUUUGACUGCUGCAAAGAAAAAUGAGUUGGUACAAAAGACAAAAUCAGAGUUCAGCUUCAGCAGCAAGACCUAUCAAGAAUUUAAUCACUAUUUGACAGCCACGGUUGGUUGCCUGUGGACAUCCAAACCCUUCCAGAAAGGAUUAUAUAUUGACCCCAAAGUCUUAGAAAAAGCUUCAGUAGCAGAGUACAAAAACAGUUUAAAUUUAGUCCAUCAUCCUGCUCUUUUGGGUUAUGCUGUUUUCUUUCUGCUACAGGAAUGGCCAAAAGAAAGGAAAGUAAAUUUGAGCUCUAUUCGGGGGAAGAAAUGGAACUGGUAUUUGGACUAUUUAUUUUCAGAGGGGUUACAAGGCUUGAAACUUUUCAUAAGAAGCAGUAUUCAUCGUUCUUCUGUCCCCUGAGCAGAGAGCAUAAACCACCCGAUCAACAUUAAAUGAAUGUUGACAGAAACAAACUGAGCAUAUGGGACUAAAUUCCUUCCUUGUUGCUGGAGAGGUCAAGUAGCUCAACUUGAGUUUCCAUACUCAUUUCACCAACAGACUGCCAUCCUCAGGGAGUGCUUAGACUGGCCUUCUAUCCAUGGCUCAGGAGAGCCUCAAUGUGGCUAAUUUUAUUUUUCAGGAUCUAGAUUCUUUAGCUCAUUAGUGAAAAAUGACUUCAUCAGGCUCUGCCUUCCACCAAAUUAUACAUAAAGAGACAUAUCUGUUAUGUGGUGGGAUUUUUCACAUUCUUGUGGACUAUGAGCUGCAUUUUUGAUGGAAGAGAGCAGGUAAAUAAUAUAUGGUGGCAGUUAAGCUACAGACAUAUUCAUGCAAAAUACUCAGCUGCCUCUGUAAAACCUCUGUGGAUAUUGCCAUUUUUCUUAUUGUGAACAACCACACCAACACCAAGUUAAGAGGAUACAUUUCUAGCUCUAAAAGGUGGCUCUAAGUAGCUGGUAGAUUUCUGGGCCUUCACUGGUAGCAGUUUAAUGAGAGAAGGAAGGGAAGAGGAUUGUGGGAUAAUCUACAUUCCUAUUUAUACCAGUUUGAUUUCACAAAACUGCUCUAUUUUGUGUGUGUGCACAUGUAUGUGUAUGUAUAUAUCCCAUUUUUUAGUGUUUAGGUCCAAAUUAACUAACUGUAACUAUUUUCAGGAAUAAUUCUGAAGCUUUUAAAAAAUUGUAUAAUAGCUAGAGUAUCUUGCUGAAAAUUGACUACAAAAUUUUGCUUCAGCGCUACUGAAUAACUGUCCCUCUUUUAAUAAAAUUCGUAUCAUUUGAAAGAAAUCAAGCUGAAUUUAUUUUUAUUUUAUUAUUUAUUUAUUUAUUUAUUUUUUUUUUGUGGUACGCGGGCCUCUCACUGUUGUAGCCUCUCCCGUUGCGGAGCACAGGCCCUGGACCCACAGGCUCAGCAGCCAUGGCUCAUGGGCCCAGCCGCUCCGCAGCAUGUGGGAUCUUCCCGGACCGGGGCACGAACCCGUGUCCCCUGCAUCGGCAGGUGGACUCUCAACCACUGCGCCACCAGGGAAGCCCUAUUUUUAUUUUUAAGUGCACAUUGUGGCUCUUUUUUUUUCCUUUUAAAGCAAAACAGAACCCUAAACUAUAUUAUUGGAUGGUGUUCAAACUAGAAAUACUAUUUAUUCAUUCAUUUUUUUUCAUUCAUUUUUGAUUUAAUACAUAUUUAUUGAGCUUACCAUAUACCAUGUAUUCUUCUGUGUGCUGGUUAUACAGUAUCUGCUUUUGUGGAAUUUACUACAUUCCAUUGGAGAAGACAGAUAAUACAGAUGUAAACAAAUGUACAAUAUCAGGUGAAAAAGCAAGGAAUAGGGACAGAAAGAAACAAACUGAGCGUAUGGGACUAAAUUCUUUCCUCAUUGGUAGAGAGGCCAAGUGGUUCCACUUGAGUUUCCAUGCUCGUCACCAACACACUGCCAUCCUUAGGGAGUGCUUGGAUUGUCUUUCUAUCCAUGGCUAAGGAGAGAGAGCCUCAAUGUGGCUAAUUUUAUUUUUCAGGAUCUAGAUUCUUUAGUCCACUAGGGAAAAAUGACUUCAUCAUCAGACUCUGCCUUCCACCAAAUUAUACAUAAAGAGAUAUACAUGUUUGAGGGGGUUGCUACUUUAGAUAAGAUGGUUAGGGAAGGCCUGUUUGAAGAGGUGGCCAAUGCAGAGGCCCUAAUGAGAUAAGUGUAUGAACCAUGUGAAUAUUUGGGGGAAGAGCAUUCCGGGAAGAGGUAAAGGCAAGUAAAAAGGCUUAAAAAUGUUAACUUGGCAUGUUUGAGGAAUAGCAGAGGCCAGUAAGGUUACACCAUAGUGAUUAAGGGAGAAACAUGGUAAGAAAAGAAAUAGGGGAGAAAGCCAGAGAGUAGUUCAUGAAGAUCCUUAUAGCCUGGUAUGGAUACGUAAUGUGAAGCCAUUAGAAGGACUGAGAGCAGAGGAGUGGCAUCAUUUUACUUACCUGUAUGGAACUGCAGUGUGAAGUUUAGACUGAAGAGGAUUAAGGAUGAAAGCAGAGAGACCAGUUAGGUUAUUACAGUGUUCCAGGCAAGAGUCUUAGACUAGUGUGGUGGAUGAUGGAGAGUUGGGGUGGGGGUAGUUAGAUACUGGACGCAAGCUCUAAAGGUAAAGAAGAUAGGAUCUGCUGAUAGCUUGGAUAUGAGGAGAGAGAAAGGGAGGAGUAAAGGAUGACUCCUAGGUUUUUAACAGUAGCUGGGUGAAUUCUGGAACAGAGAGAUGAGGAACAGAUUUGGAGGAAUGUGGAAUCAUGAGUUCUUUUUCAGUCAUGUUAGGUUGGAGAUGCUAAAUAGGCAGUUGGCUAUCCAAAUCUAGAGUUCAGGGUACAGUUUGGUACUGACAAAAUUGAUUUGGGAAUCUUUACUGAAUAGCCAUGACAUUGGAUGAGAUCACUUAGUACAGCUUGAAAAGAAAAUGGCAAAGGACUGAGCCCUGGAGUAUGCCAAUGUUAAGAAGUAGAGGAGGAACCAGCAAAAGACUGAGAAGGACCCACCAGUGAGCUUAAAGAAAAGUCAGGAGACUGGUGUGCUGGAAGCCAAGUACAGAAAGUGUUUCAAAAAGGAAGGGUUAUUUAAUGGUGUGGAAUGUAGCCUAUAUACCUGGAUAAAAGAAGCUUUAGCUGCUUUGAAGUAAAUCUGAUAGCUUCCCCAAUGGGUAACUAUUUAGAGAAUUCUCUUUUUUUUUUAAGUUUGUACUCCAAAUAACUUCCCAUAUUGUUUUUCAGAACAUGGUAUUUUGAUCCUUAAGAUCAUGUAGAACUUUAAAUUGUGAGAAGGGGUUUGAUUAGUUUUUAUGAAAUUUAACCAGUAACAAUCUUCAGAUCAUGGAAGAAACUUUUCUAAACUUAAGUUUAUGUUCUGGGAGAAAAAAAUUUUCUCCUUUAGUUUGCCUUUUUGUUCAGUAAUGAUUCCCUGGGUACCUUUUUGACCAUAUUCUUCUCUUGAUCAAUUUUUUAACCCACUUAAGAUUAGAUAUACAGCUAUGCAAGUAUGCCAAAUCUAGUUAUUUGAAAAGUCUUUUUUGAAGAAUCUUCAUGGCAAAGAAAAACAAAAUUUAAAUAAGAAUAGCUAUUUUGUUUCAGUACCAAACAUGCCUAGAAAAGAAAAGAAAUAGAAAAUGUGGUUUAUUUUCCCAAUUGUACAAAAAGAACACUUUGUUUACCCAGUAUUUGUGUAAAAUUGUUGAUGUUUUAAAUAUUGACUUAAUAUUCAAUAAUAACACUGCUAUUAGAUUUCUAACAUUUUAUUUUUCUUUUUAUCAUAACUUCUCCUUUGGUCUUGGGGGACAAUCUGGAAAGAAAAGUAGAUAAGUCUAUGGUGCCUCACAUAACUUUUAUUAACAUAGUAGAAAUUCUCUUUAUAUCAGAUACAUUUUUUAUCACAAAAUGGUUUACUAGAUAGAAGAAAAAAUAUUCUCUAAACUUAGUAUUAUAUUUUUAAGAUUUUUUUCAGUUGAUACUACUUUUCACUUUGUUUAAAUUAUUAGGUUUUUUAAUAUAGAGAGCCUCUGUUUCUGUCAUGUAAAAAAAUCUGUUUCUAUUAAAGAUGGAUGCUAUGGACUGAAUGUUUGUUUCCCUCAGAUUCAUAUGUUGAAGCCCUAACCCCCAAUGUGAUGGUGUUUGGAGAUGGGACCUUUGGGAGGUAAUUCAAUUGUAAGGGUGGUGCUCCCAUUAAUGGGAUUAGUGCCUUUAUAAGAUGAGACAAGAGAGAUACAGUCUUUCUCUCCACUGUGUGAAGAUCCAGCAAGAAGGCAGCUGUCUACAAGCUAGGAAGAGGACCCAUGCUGGCACCCUGAUCUUGGACUUUUAGCCUUCAGAAUUGUGAGAAGUAAAUUUGUUUUUUAAAGCCACCCAGUCUGUGGUAUUUUUGUUAUAUAGCAGCCUGAUCUGAUUAAGACGAUGGGCAAUCGUGUUUAACAGAAUAUACUGUUGACCAGAAUCAUUAAUGCUUUAUUUUUAUAAUACUCAUAAGAGGAUAUCUUCCCAAGGAGCAUAAUAGUACAUGUGAAUUAAAGUCCAUUUCAAAGUAUAUAACAGGAAUGCAACAUUUUUCAGCUUGCCAGGAAGAAUAUUAGCUUAUCUAAAUAGAUUUGGUGCACAGAGCUGGAGGCUGGAUGUUAAGGAGUCCUUCUAUUGCUUCUAGUUUUAGGUUCAUCAUUAGUGAAUUGUACGACCUUGGAAGUCACUUAAAUACUUUGCCUCUUGAUUCUCUCUUUGGUAAAAUUUAGAUUCUGAUGUCUGUCUUUCAAAGGUU